AUGCUCAGAGAGCCGCAGCAUCCAACUCGAGGUCGCCCAGCGGCUCGGCGCGGCCCUCGAAGGCGGGACUUACCCGGAGGAGCGUGCAAGCCGCGCCGCUCACAUUCCUGGAGGCGCUUGGCCCGGCGGCUCGACGAGGGGGAUGGCUGGCGCACUCGCGCUCCCCGCUGUCGGCGAGAGGCGGCUCCAGUCGUGACAGCAGCAACAAGGAAGUGGAGGCGAGGGCUCGCGCGCGCAUCCCGGGGGCUGGAGGAGCCCCGGCCCCGCGGCCCCGCCCGGCGACACACGGCGCGGAGUCGCGACAGCCCCUCUCGCUUCCCCUCCUUGGAGUCGCGAUAUGGGGUCGUGAAGGGCAAGUAUAGGAGCACAGGUUCGCUCCGCAGGCUUCUCACCGAUGCCUGCCGAGGGCCCCGGGGGUCAAGCCCCAGGGAGCUCGAGGAAGACAGCAGGGACACGGUCGUCACCGAGGAACCGGUUUGGCGGCUGCAGCGGCAGCAGCGGCACACCACGGAUCGCCAGGGAGACCCGUCCCGGCGGCCCUCGCGGCGCACCGGAAGCGGUCGGCGGCGCGUGACUGCACGCGACCCCUGGCGCAAGCGCAACAGCCCAGCCCCAGCUUGGGGGCGGAUCCACACGAACUGCUCAAAGGCUUGGAGGGGGUCUAGUAAGGCGAACGGACUGCUUCCGGCCAGAGGUCCCGGGCGGAGGAGGAAGCUGUGGCUGCUGGCGGUGGCCCCGGCCGCUCAGCCCCCGGGCACUGCUGUGGGGCGUUCAGGAUCGGGUUCAUACGUAGUGCCGCAUCAAGUAGCGCCUUCAUCACUCCAGUGAUCUGUCCUCAAUCCGUCUCUCCCACUGGCCCACGAAUAGUGAUGGUAGUGAGUUCCUGGAGUGACUCAAGCCGAGCUGAAUGACCGUAUGGAGAGCCUCCGUAAAUCAAAUAGGAAUUGGAUUGGAUUGUCCUUUCUCUCCAGUGUCACAAGUUGUCCACAUUUGUACAAGUUCCCGCACAAGUCUCACUGUAUUCCAAUCUGCCUACUUCUCUGCAUCUACCGCCAUCACCAACCUUCUAGCCACCAUCAUCUCCUGCCUGGACUGAUGUAGUUCUCCCCACAUCCCCUCUACAAUCUGUUCUCCACGAAGCAGUCAGAUUGAUCAUUUUGCACUGUAAGUCUGAUCAAGUCACUCCCUGCUUAAAACCCUCCAGUGUCUCAUUCACUUAAAAUAAAAUUCAGACGUCUUAGCUUGACCAAGA